AGCAGCAGGAGCAGCGACUUCCUCAAGAUAUGAUUGCUGACAUACUCAGGCGCAAUUCGUCCGUACCAGGUAAAUAUUAAAAAAGAUGCAGGAGAAACUUAUUCUCAUUUACAACUUCCAUAACAAUGGAGAGGCAAUCAAAUAGCGUCGUGGUUUUUAAUGGAGAUGCUACACGACAUGCACAGGCCAGAACUGUCAAAGCUAAGAUUGAGGAUAUCCUUGGAGAAAUUAUUGAUGCACUUAGCGAAAAUCGUGUCCUUGAUAUUCCUCUCCGUAGCCGUCGGUCAGGUAACGAGAGCCUCCUCCGAUUUCCAGCUAGCACGGGAACGGAAGUAAAAAGAUUUACGUGUGUCUUGUUGGUUCUCCAUUUAUGCUACGAGGCACUCAACUCUGGCCACGUUAUUACGAAAAGAAACAUAUACUAUCAGAAUCCAGAUCUUUUCGGCAGUCAGCAAUACGUUGAUAGCCUAGUCGAUGAUAUCGCUUUUACUUUCGGAGUCGGUAGAGAUGCGUUGAACAUUGUUGCUGCAUACAAAGGCCUGAUUGCAGGAAGUGUCAUCAUUACCUUGAAGAACCACUCCGUCAUCGACUGCAGCUCUGACGAAAAUGGUUCCUUAAUUCCUCAUGCCGAAGCCAUUCGUCGGGUCGAUAUUGGUGAAACAAAAUGGAUUCUAGUCAUCGAAAAAGAGGCCACCUUUCGGGGACUAGCCGCGUCUGGAUAUUAUGGCUUAUGUGAUGCCGGUGUAGGCGUUCUUGUUACAGCAAAAGGGUUUCCAGACCUAGUCACACGACAAUUUCUCCAUAUUCUACAUUCAGCCUUCCCGCAAAUACCUAUCUACGCGCUGGUCGACUACGACCCCAGCGGCAUUGCAAUUAUGCUCACCUACAAGUGCAGCAGCCCGGGGCUUAGCCAUGAGGAAAGCAUCACAAUCCCAGGGAUUCUAUGGCUGGGGCCGACAAGUACUGACAUCCUAGGCCAUACCCGCUACCAUUCUAUGCCAAAUGCCAGCUCGUCUGACGAUGUCAGUUCUGAGUAUGGUUAUGAUCCGUCCCCAUCCACCUCGCCACAUUCACCACCUGGUGAUUCUCUUUCCGCGAUUCCGAUUGAAGUUACUACUCAUCUGAGUACUUCAGACCGGAGGAAAGCUAUUGGUAUUUUACGAAGGCUAGAAAGCCAACCUAUUGGAAGUGUUGGUGAGCCGGAUUUGGUGCACGAAUUGCAGCUAAUGCUUAUGCUGAAUAUCAAGGCUGAGAUCCAAGCAGUCGAUGAGUCUGGCGACAUGGCGGGCUGGUUGGACGAUAAGCUCUCGAAUUAUCAUUUCUGAAUGAAAUGCUACCUGAAAUAUGUAAAAUAGAGGCUUAUGUGGUAUAGGGGAAUAGGGGGUAUAGCUUGCAUCGUCAGGUUUUAGGGCGUCACGUGACCAGAAAAUCCAAUUGAAGGCAAAGGCCCAACUGAACGCUAUCGCGAAAAGACAUUGCCGCUAGAAAUUCACCCGAUUCUUGAAAUUCCAACCAACUUAAAUUUAAAAAGCCAGU